UGGCUGCCUUGGCUUCCAGCCACACACUCAACACUGGACAAGCGAGCGUGCCACGGUCCAGCCACUAUGGAUAACUGAUGCUGGGGUGCAAGCUUCAGAGAACUCUUCCUCGAGCUCAGUGCUAUCCUGAACUACUGAAGGUGAAAUGGCAAGCCUGCAGAAUCUGAUUUGUUCCGUAUCUAAACAAUUGGUUGCGCCAAAUUUUGCGGUGACUGCCAAACUGAAUGGGGCUUCUCACUCUGUUGUCUCAGCAAGCUCAAGCGGAGCAUCCUCGCAUGAAAAGAAUGUCACGAAAAGACAGUUAGCUUUGCUUGGUGCUGGAGCAUUAGCCACUGGCCUUCUGAAGACAAGCUCUGCAUUUGCUGAAGAAGUACCGAAGAAUUACAAGUCUUACGUGGAUGCAAAAGAUGGAUAUUCGUAUCUCUAUCCAGCCGAAUGGAGGGAUUUCGACUUCUUGGGUCAUGAUUCAGCAUUCAAAGAUCGUAAUCUGGCUCUUCAGUGUGUCCGUGUGGGAUUUAUUCCUACUGAUAAAACAGAUAUUCGCGACCUAGGACCAAUGGAUGAGGCCAUCUUCAAUUUGGUGAACAACGUCUACGCUGCCCCAAAUCAAAAACCGUCGAUCUAUGACAUGCAAGAGCGCACGGUGGAUGGCAAGAACUACUGGACGUUCGAGUACGAUCUGGAGGCUCCGGGCUACGGCGUAUCCGCGUUCGCGACAGUCGCCAUUGGAAACGGUCGGUACUACACGCUGAUCGUGACUGCGAACGAACGCCGGUGGAGCAGGCUCCGGAACAGGCUCAAGGUCGUCGCGGACUCUUUCAAGAUCUCCGACCUGACCGCGUGACCGCCCGCGUUCGUUAACUGCAAUGUACGGUCUCAUUCGGUCAUGGUAUACUUGCGCUUGCUGAAAGAGAAACGGCUACACCUCACGUGCGGAUAAUCGUGCGUGUUUCAUUUGGUGAAAGACAAAAUGCCAAAUAUUGAUUGCUAACGUUUCUGUGGCGUCCAAAA